GUUGUUUUAUAUGAUCCUGGCAGAUAAAGAAAAUAUGUCUGUCAACAUAUAAUCAUAAUUCUUACUUAGCUAUGUAUAUCUCCUUCUAUGCAUAUCUAUAGCGAUUAUGAUUCACAAUAGGAUGGCUUAUAUUUCCUGCCAUUUUUUUGUCUCUUAUACAGUGAUGUUGCUUUCUGAUGGUUAUUUUCUCUAGAAAUAUGCAUGAUGGAGUGUGUAAUUGUGUAUGCCCAGUCCUCCAAACACAGAAUACAUCUUUGCUUUAUUUGGUCUGCUUGGACUAGGAAGUUGUGUAGAUUUUUUUGAAAUAUGUUGUCCUCUUCUGAGACCGUCUAAAAGUUUGAAAUCCAUUACAACAAUCAGCACUAUCAUAUCAAGCUCAUAUAUUCAAGUUCAUCUCUGCUUUAUUGUGUUGGCUGACCUUUUUUUUUUUUUUUUUUUUUUUUUGGGUUCUUUUUUGGAAAAAAUGUAAAAUCCAUCCUAAAUGCUUAACAUAAUAACAUGUCAAUUUACUUGAGAAAAUGCUAAUGAGUGUUCUUUCAACUUCACUUCGCUUGGUGCUGCAGUCUAGGCAGAAGGCAUUAAAGGAUCUAAAGCAAAUGCAGACUGUGCAUCUUGCAAAGCUCAGUGACAUACAGUGCCAACCUCUUUCACAGUUGAAGCUCAUCACUGAAGCCUGGUUGCAGAUAAUCGAAUGUAGGAGAGUUCUAAAAUGGACAUAUGCCUAUGGAUAUUAUUUACCAGAGCAUGAAGCUGCAAAAAUGCAGUUCUUUGAAUACUUGCAAGGUGAGGCAGAAUCUGGAUUGGAACGACUUCAUCAAUGUGCAGAGAAGGAGUUACAGUGUUACCUCACUGCAGAAGGCCAGUCAAAAGAGUUUAACGAGUUCCGCAAAAAACUUUCAGGACUAACCAGUGUGACGCGGAAUUACUUUGAGAAUUUAGUACAAGCUCUUGAGAAUGGUUUAUCGGAUGUGGAUUCCCAUGGUGGUUGUAACAGGACAGAUAGCUCCAAGAACAAAGGAUGUGGAAGCAGUAAGGGUGGGAAUGUCAAAGAGUUGACAUCAAGUGAUAGUGUUAGUAGAAAUCUCAACAAUCCAGGCUACUGGUCCUGUGAACAUUGCACCUUUGCAAAUAUCAGUUCAGCCACCACCUGUGAGGUGUGCGACCAACCCCAGUAAAUCUCAAGUGCUGUGUUUUAGUUAUGAUGGCCAAUAACAUUUGAGUGUCAGCAGGAGAAGGAACUGUUUUUCCAUUCCACAUUCCAAGCAUAUGGCGUCUAUCCUUUGAUUGGCCCCAGCAAAAACUGAAAUAAGAAACCUUUUUGUCUUGGCAUCAACAUUCCUGAGGUGCAUAACAUGUGUAAUUGGCAUUAAUUGCUGAUUUUUGAUGAUAUUUUCUCAGGGAAAGGUACCUUCACCUUGUGUAGCAUGCAUAUAUCUGUUUAAUGUACAGAGUAGUAAGUAAAGCAUAUCGGCCCCUGAACCAGUCGUGUGCGGAUGAUCAACCCAAAAAUCAAGGUUUGAUAUUCCACAACUGUGACGUUAAAAGGUUGAUCUUCCACAAAAACAAGUUGAGGUACUGAUAAGACUUUUACGCCUUUAAUAUAUGAGAAAAUGACAG